AUGGCGGACUUGAACGAACAACCGAUCCAGUCGGUCAAGGAGAAGGCCGUGAUGCAAUGUCAUGAAAAUAGUGGCUCUUCAGAACAUAGUCACCGGGAAAUUACUGGUCCUGGGGCAGAGGAAGCUAUGCAUGAGUCGGAGAAGAAUAUUCCGAUGACCUUUCGUCGAUUCAUGAGCUUCACUGCUAUGGCUUUCCUGUGGACUGGAAGUCAGAUCCCAGUCUAUCUUUUCGGUGGCAUCCCUCCCUAUAUUUAUGGAGACAUUGGUGGAUCGGACCGAUGGGUUUGGUUUGUUCUUGCAAAUUUGCUCGGCCUUGCCGGGGUAUGCCCUUUUGUUGGGUCUUUAUCGGAUAUAAUUGGACGCCGCACUGUUGCCAUUAUCGGGGCAGCGCUGGUCGUUAUUGGGAUGAUCAUCUGCAGCACAGUGCACACAAUGAACAACUUCAUUGCGGGUAUGGCCAUUGCUGGCGCCGGUGCCGGAGUUAAUGAACUGACCGCACUCGCUGCAACCUCGGAAAUGGCUCCAACUCGAAAGAGAGGAGUCUAUGUGGCUGUUCUAAUCUUCACCAUCGUCCCAUUCUGCCCAUCUGUGCUGUGGGCUCAGCUUAUCGCAUACCACAGCCAUUGGCGCUAUGUUGGCGCGUUCUGUGCCGCGUGGAAUGCUUUUGGCUUGUUGAUCACUGCUCUGUUUUACUUCCCUCCACCACGAGUCAACACAGCUGGAUUGAGUCGGAAGGAGAUUGUUGGGCGGAUUGACUUCGUUGGAGGAUUCCUCAGCAUCACUGGUCUUAUCGUCUUCACGGCCGGCUUGCAAUGGGGUGGAUACAUGUAUGCAUGGACCUCCGCCCAUGUUCUGGUACCAUUGAUCCUCGGCUUCUUCCUGCUUGUCGCCUUUGCCUUCUGGGAAAUAUAUGGAGCUAAAUUCCCCAUCUUCCCAUCUCGCAUUAAGCAGGAGCCUCGGAUUCUAGGCCUUACCCUCGUUAUUACUUUCAUUUCCGGUGCCAACUUCUUCUCCGUGAUUAUGUUCUGGCCCACAGAGUCGUUCAAUGUCUAUGGCCAUGACCCAGUUGAUGUGGGCAUUCGGAGUAUUCCUAUUGGCUUCGGAAUAAUGGCAGGAGCAUGCAUAGUGCUUGCACUGUUAACCAUUCUUCGCGGCCAUAACAAGGAGCUUUUGAUCGUCAGCAGCGUUAUGAUGACUGCAGGAUGUGGUGCUAUGGCUAUCGGCCGCGUUGAUAACUUAUAUCAGCUCUGGGGUCUUCUCAUCCUUGCUAGUCUUGGGAUUGGCGGUAUUGUGGUCCCCGCCUCCAUUAUUACCACAAUCAUUUGCCCAGAUGAUCUCAUUGCCACUAUCUCUGCGCUCACGCUCUCUAUCCGCGUGGUAGGCGGUAGCAUUGGCUACACAAUCUACUACAAUGUCUUCCACACCAAGUUUGUUCCGGCAGCAACGCACUACAUUGGUGGUGUGAUGAUGACACAACUCAACAUAACCGAUGUGAAACUAAUUCGCGAAGCGAUUGAGCUGACAGGUGCUUCGUUGCUAGAGGAGCUACGCACCAUCCCUGGUAUUGCUGGCAACGAGACUGCCUAUCAAAUGGUCGUACAAGCUGGUCAGGUGGCGUAUUCAGAGGGAUAUAAAUGGGUGUACUAUGUCAGUAUUGCAUUUGGGGCUGUCUCCAUUAUUGCGGCCUGUUUCUUGGGCGACAUCCAGGAGUAUAUGACAGACCAUGUCGCCGUUGUAAUCUGA